GACAAUUCAUUUCAUAAUUUGUCAAGGUUCCUGAAAUCGCAUUCGUAGAAAAUAUAAAAUUUCAAGUCCUAUUAUGUUGGCUGAAAUUAAUGAGAAUAUGUUAUUCUCUUUGUUCCAUACAUGAGAUUAAAAUGGCUUUUAUAAAUGAUCCAGUGUUAAACAUUAUAGUAGUAGGAUUCCAUCACAAAAAAGGAUGUCAGGUAGAACAUUGUUAUCCCGAGUUGGUGCCAGGACGGCCGUCGGAGUUGCCACCAGUUUGGCGAUAUUUGCCUGCACUAGCACUACCUGAUGGAUCACAUAACUUUCUGUCUGACACAAUAUUCUUUAAUUUGCCAGAUGUAUCUGAUCCAACGCGAACUGUAUAUGGUGUAUCAUGUUUUCGACAAAUUCCUGUUGAGCAAGUUAUACAAAAAACUGAUGAUAUGACCAGGAGUUCUGUGCAAAAAAGUGUGUGUAUUAUAUGUCGAGCUCCAUUAUUUGGUAGAAUGGCUGUUAAAAUGGAGCUGGUGGUACGAGCCUGGUUCUUACAAGGUGAUUUUUCACAAACCAAACUCCUUGAGGAUGCGUAUAAUCAUCUCAAUAGUUGUCCUGUACAAAUUGAUCAAACAUUAGAAGGUCUAUCUGUUCAAAAAUUAGUGGAGAAUUGGCGACAUAAAGCUUUAUUACUCUUUAAAUUGUUGUUGUUGGGUCGUAAAGUUGUUAUCUAUGGAUCACCUGCUGGUCAGCUGUCCACUGCUUUAUUAACUGUUAUAUCUCUACUGCCACUUUGUUUAGAAUAUGGACUCUCGCGCUCAGCAAAUGUUGUGCUGUCAAGGCCUUUGUCGCCAGUUCCAACUUUUAUAGAAGAAGCUGAGGAAGAAUUAAAUUCAGAAAUUUCAAGUGAAACAAUUUUCAAUGGCAACAAUCUUGUCGAGGAACUAUCUCCGAAAGAGACUGGAAAUCUUCUUGACGAAAAAGAUAGAGUGAGCCAUCAAAGCUUUGAUGAAACAUUGCUAUCUGAUGGUGACCGUCACGAGUUGACUGGUGUGAGGGAAAAAUGUCACAGCAUUGGAGAGAAAUAUAAACCGCAAAAAUCGGUCAACGAAGCUCAGCAAAGUCCUACAAUGGCGAGGGACAUGAGUGUGGACGGAUUGUAUAAUUUAACUGGGCAAAUUGACCAGGCUGAGUGUGGUUUUCCAUUACCCUUAUUUGAGGAUGGCUAUCUUUGCUUGCCAUACUUGUCAUUGCAGUACUUGGAUUUGCUGUCAGAUUCUGCUGUGAAAGGGUUUGUUGUUGGUGCGUCGAAUGUGCUCUUCAAACAAAAGCGACAAUUGUUUGAUGUACUUGUUGAGUUGAAUGAUAUGAGAAUUGAGACUGCUGAUAUGGCUCUGAGGCGGCAGCUCGCAUUGGGCACUGAGGACCUCAGGUUCGCUGACCAUGUUGUCCGUCAUGGCUCAACGCAGGGCGACGCUUGGAUAAGAGAUCAGUUUGCUAGUUAUCUAUUGUAUUUGUUAAGGACAUCUCUAUUACCAGAUGGUAGUAGGGAGAUAGAAUCGUAUAAUUCGCAGUUUAUGGCAGCUUUUAAAAAUACGCAGACAUAUGAAAAGUGGUUGAAAAUGACUAACAAUGGCGAUGUUGAAGCUUUUAUGAAUUUAAUUCCAAUGCAUCCAUUUUCUGGCCAAUUGUCGGUAGCUGAUAUGAAACUUAAGUUUGCGCACACCAUGUCAACAACGGAAGGUGGGAGGAAAGUAAGCGCAGCGGUAGCGACGACUGGUCGUGCCGUUGCUACCACAUCCCGGGCGGUCGGAGGAGCCCUCUCGCAGGCUCGCGGCGCCCUGUCCGGCUGGUGGAGCUCCCUCACCGCCCCACCACCAAACCCGCCCCCCAACCCGAACCCCACGGACAACGAUAAACCUUCUGAAACCGCAGAUGAGAAGCCCGACCCCCCUUCGGAUGCCGAGGACGCGUUAGACGUAACAGAUAACAAAAAAGGCGACUCCGAGACCUCGGACCCCCCGGAUAAACUGUUACAAGACAGUACGAGCGCUAUUAAAAAAAUACAAGUUGUCUGAAUCGGUCGUAGUCAUUUCAUUUUUUCUUGAAUGUUACUAGAUUCAUUAUUUAUUUUUAUAUUUCCGUUUUAUCAUCCUGCUGCUAAUCGACGUGUAGUUUGUACAGUUGUUAUUUAAUUAGUUUAGUGUAUUCUCUUUUUUAUAUAGUACUGUAUUUUUAUAUAUUGUUGGACACAUUGCUUAGUCGAGUAGAGAAUAAUUCAUGUGCCACAAUAAAAUAUACAAUUGUACAUAGAUCGAUCAGAUUUUUUUAUAUGAACGUGAUGUUCAUUGUUUGACAUGUAAGUGAAUGUAAGAUCUGAUAAAGCUUCUUAACCCCAUUUAUGUCACAAAAUAUAUAAGUAUGUGUAACGACAUGUACACGUUUUUAUUAAUUAUAGUUACAAUAUUUAUCACGAUGUAAAAAGGUUCAUACAUUUACGUUAGUAUGGCAACUAUUUUAAUCCAUUUUAGUUCUAGAGCUACACAUUGUAAUGUUGAAGAUGUAAGCGUCCGUAGUCCUGUGCACUUUAGUAUUUUGAAAUGUAUGUUGAGAUUUUGGCGGUGGUUUUAUCUCUUGAUAUUAAAUUGACUAUGACAUUUAUUAUACAAUUAUAUUAUACUUGUAUGUAGAAAAGUCAAUUAAAAGAAAAAUAUAAACGAAAGCACAUGCAUAAAAUUGCUAAUGAACUUGAUAGUUAAUUCUGUUAUCAAGUGUUUAUUAAUGAAUGGUAUUUCGAAUUUUCAAAUAUUUUGUAUAUUUACUGUUGCAUAAAAAUAAUAAUAUGACACUAAAAUAUUAAUCUUUACAGCUCCGGUCAAAAUUUAAUUUCUUGUUGUGAAUGUAAAUGCGUCGAAUUCGGCCUCACAGAAUGUAUGCAAAUUUUUUUUAUGGAAAGUACAAAGUCAAUGUCUCUUAUAACCUGUUAACAUAAUGCUGUUAAACACAGGGAAAGAAAUGAUACGAAUUUAAUGCCAGGCUAUGAAAGAAUGUAGUACGUGCGCUUCCUUAUUAAAAGUUAUAUUUAUUGUUAUAAUUUAUAUGAUACUCAUAAGAGAAAAAAAACAUUCGUUAUUACGUAAUUCGCGAUCUCUUAUAUAUACUUAAUUUGUUUAUCUAACGACCUAAAUUAAUUUAUGUUAAAAUUAAUUUAAGUAGAUUAUAAUUGGUUCCUUUUAAAUUAUGAUACGCACUUUUGUGCAAAAUAUGAUAUGUACUUAUUUCAAUUCUAUUAAACACAGUGCAUAUAACAGGUGUAAUUAUUUGUACAAGUAAAAUUAUAUGUUUUAUAGGUGUGACGAUUAGAGACCAACAAUUAAUUUAUCAUAUUUCGUCUAGCUGUCCAUGCAUAUAUACGAUCUGUAUUAUAGGGUUUUAGUGGGGUUAUUAUUAUGGAACUUCGAGACUAGGCGAGCGUGCAGGAAAUAAAUUGAUUUUUCAAUUUAUCUGUGCAUGAGAAUAACAUCACUACUGCUCGAAACGGUGAUUUAAAACAUCGUGGAGAAACAGGCAUGUCCAAGAAUCAAAAGUUCAACGACAUGUGACAUCUGCCAACCCGCACAUAGCCAGCGUAGUGGAUUAUGGCCUAUACCCUUAUAGGAGGCCAGUGUGCCAGUAGUGGUAACAUAUUUGGGCUGAUGAUGAUGAUACGAUCUAUAUACAGGUGCGCCUUUAAUAAUACAUAAAUAUUUUUUGUUACAUAUAUUGUAUUAUUGCAAAACUUCGAAUAGUUAGAGUAUGUAUGUAAAAAAUAUUUAAUUGUAAAAAGUUUUUAAUUACCCUGUUAUAUCUGCUAUGUAUAGUAUUGUUUGUAAUAUUUUAAGAAAUUUAACAUUACGAAUAGCAAUAGCUGCCACACUUUAAUAGAUUGUAAAGAUAACUCAUCUCUACUUUUUUCGUAUCACUCUUUAUGUAAUUUGUUUUAAAGUAUUCUAUCCCUUGCCAUUAACUUUAUA